AUGUUAGAUCAUAAACGAAAUCUAUCUUAAAAAAAUAUCAUUGUUGUUGUUACUUGUUAACAUAAAUAAGUGAGCAUUGAGAUUUCUAUUGAUAGAAAUAUAGCUGAAUUAAUGAACAAAGUGAAUAUAUUAUAUUUAUUUAAUAGCUUCAUUAACAUCCAGAAAUACCUAAUGCUUAAUAGAUUGUGGCAUUAAGAACGGCAUCUCACUCUAUCACCAUAGAUUACCUAUUGUCAAUCCCCAAUGAAAGAGGUAAGCAUUCCAAUGAUAAAUGAGCCUAACUAUCUAUUGAUAAGAUUAAAUAAGAAAAUUUAAUUGCAGUCUAUGGAAAACCAUAAACUAAAUCAACAUUGACAUUAAGAGAUUUCAAAUUUGAAAAUUGUAUUGGAAAAGGAGGAACUUCUGAAGUUUAUUUGGUUAGACAUUACAUAUCUGGUAGAUUGUUUGCACUUAAAAUGAUAAAGAAAUAAUACAUAACCGAUUGCAGACGUUUAGAGUAAGUAUUAAGAGAAAAGAAAAUCUUAUCAUAAGUUAUGAAUUAAUCUAAAUUUGUAAUCCCAUUGUAUGCAACCUUUGCAAUCAAAGAUCAUUUAUGUUUUCUAAUGGAAUAUUUACCUGGAGGUGAAAUGUUUUAUCAUCUUCAACAUUAUCAUUUUACAGAUGAAGAAGCAAGAUUAUAUAUUAGUGAAGUUAUUUGUGCAUUAGAAGAUUUACAUCAACAUAAUAUCUUAUAUAGAGAUCUUAAAGUACACAUAUCUCAUUAUUAAAUUAGCCUGAAAAUAUCUUAAUUGAUAUUAAAGGUCAUAUAAAACUCACUGAUUUUGGACUAUCUAAACUUGAUUUAAAAGAUGAUCAACUUGCAAAUAGUUUUUGUGGAUCUCCUGAAUAUAUGCCACCUGAAGUAGUUAAUAGAUAAGGAUAUUCUUAUCCAGCUGAUUUCUAUACUUUGGGUUGCUUACUUUAUGAAUUAUUACUUGGUUUACCUCCUCAUUACUCUUAAAAUACAGAAGAGAUCUUCUAUAAAAUCCAAAAUGAAGAAAUAACAUUUUCAGAUGAAUUGAAUUCUGAUGUUUUAUCUCUACUUUAAAAUUUGUUGGAGAAAGAUUAUAAUAAGAGAAUUCAUGAUUUUCAUACUUUAAAAAAAAAUCCUUGGUUUACUACUAUUGAUUGGUCAGCUAUUAGGACUCAAUCUAUUAAAAAAAUGCCUAUAUCUUUUAAUUUAAAAGACACUAAUAUUCAUUAGGAGUUUUUACAAAUGGAUGUUAGCCAUUUAAAUUAAUAAAAUGAUGAUGGAGAAUUAAAUAGUUGUGAUGAUCUCUUUGAUUUUUUUAAUUUUGUUAAUGAUUAAUUAAAAGAUGUAUUUUAAUUCAAACCAAAAUUAAGAGUUUAAAGUGAUCAUAUUAUUGACUUAAAAUUAUUAUAAUUAAGAAGGUAAAGUAAUAAUAAUUAAAAUAUUAAUUCAAUUAAUAAUAAUAAUAAUAAUAAUAAUAAUAAAAUAAUUAAUAAAAAAAAGAAUUUAAAAUUAAAUUUAUAAGAUAUUGAAAAAUAAAUGAAAUUUACUAAAAAAUAAUCUUUAACUCCAUAAAAUGUUAUGCCACUUUCAUUACUUCGGAAGUCUUUUUAGAAUUUAAUCAAAGAUAAACCAUAAAAUAGAAAUUAGGAUAAAUCACCAACAUAUAUAUCAAUUUUAUCAGAUAGACCUGCAUUCGAUAAAAAUAAAGUAAAUAUAAAACAAUAUCAAUUUAUAUUAGAUUUUAAAUAUACUAUCAACUUUGAAUUUUCAAAAGAAAGGAUAGAGUUCGCUACAUCAGUAGAGUUCACUCCAUCAAUAGGCAUCUUGGAGACCAAUGGAAAUAAAAAGAGGGUCUAGUUCUUCAGCCCAUAUUAAAUCUAAUUUAUAUUCAAUAAGCAAAAAAUGA